AUGCUUGCUUUAUUAUUGGAUUCAGAUGUUUUGUUGUGGAAAGGAGUAGGAGUGCUGGGCCCGGCGAGCAAAGACCAUAUUGUUCCAUCCUUAGCCAUUAGUUCGAACCCGACAACGCGUGGCAGAUUGGAUGGCUUCCAAGAGAAAAGACAAAAUCCAGAAAUCGUUACAUCAGAGCAAGAAUCAAGAAGCAUUGGCUUGAUCAUGAUCUGGGCAAAUAGGGAUAAAGCUUUGAAUGAUUCUUCUGGUUCUGUGAUGAUAUAUAAAGAUGGGAAUAUUGUCGUUUUGAAUGGGGACAAGGAAAUUCUUUGGUCAUCAAAUGUUAAAAUUACUAAGAUGAACACGACUGCCCAGCUAUUGGAUUCUGGUAAUCUUGUUUUGCGGGAAUCUUUGAGUGGACGUGCAAUAUGGGAAAGUUUUAAGCAACCUUCGGGCUCAUACUUGACAGCAAUGAAAUUUAGUCGCAGUAUUAACGUAGUUGAGAAGGCUACUACUACUUGCGAUAAUGGCACAUGUGGGCAAUUUGGGAACUGUGACUCACAAAAUUCGCCUAUUUGUACCUGUUUGCAAGGGUUUUAUCCGAAGGAUGAGGGGGAGUGGAAAGCAGAGAACUGGACAAGUGGGUGCGUGAGGAGGAGACAAUUGCAGUGUGAAACAAACAAUGGCUCCAAUAGUGGGAACAAAGAAGAUAGGUUUUGGAAGCUAGAAAUGACGAAAGUUCCAGAUUAUGGAGAUCGGCAGCCUGGUCGGGAAUCUGAAUGUGAAGGUCUGUGCUUGAAGAACUGUUCCUGCAUAGCCUAUGCUCAUGACGCUGGUAUUGGCUGUAUGUUCUGGACUGGAAGCUUAGUUAACAUUCAGAAAUUCUCUGGAGGCUCGGAUCUUUUCAUUCGAUUGGCAAACUCGGAAUUUGGUCAUAAGAAAGACUUUAAGUUAAUCAUAAUAGUUAUGGUUAUCAUUGGUUUGAUUACCAUAUCCAUUGUGAUGUAUUUUUCCUGGAAAUUUAUGACUAAGCCAAGAGGCAACACAAUAACAUCCGAACAUGGAGAUGUACGCCCAUCUGAUUCAGUUGAUGUUUCUCGUGAAGAUGAUAUAAGCAACGCUAGCAUCGAAGAGUUACCAUUAUUUAAAUUUGAGAUGCUUGCAAAUGCAACAGACAAUUUCCACGAUGCGAACAAGCUUGGAAAGGGUGGUUUUGGUCCAGUUUACAAGGGACAAUUGGCAAAUGGUAGAGAAAUUGCAAUCAAGAGGCUCUCAAGAGCAUCUACACAAGGGAUGAAAGAAUUUAUGAAUGAAGUGACGUUGAUUUCUAAACUCAAACACCGGAACCUCGUUACACUGCUGGGAUGCAGUGUUGAGAGAGGAGAGAAGAUGCUGGUCUAUGAAUACAUGCCUAAUAAAAGCUUGGAUGCACAUCUCUUUGAUCCAUCGCAGGAGAUCUUAGAUUGGAGACUGCGUUUCAGCAUUAUUGAAGACUUUGGCAUGGCAAGAAUUUUUGGAGUUAACCAAGAUCAUGUCAGCACUGUAAGAGUGGUAGGAACAUAUGGAUACAUGGCCCCUGAAUAUGCAUUGGAAGGAAGAUUUUCAGAAAAAUCUGAUGUUUUCAGCUUUGGAGUUUUGAUGCUAGAGAUUGUUAGUGGAAGAAAGAACACGAGCUUCUAUAAUAACGAGAAAUCUUUGAGCCUUUUGGGAUAUGCAUGGAAACUGUGGAAUGAAGACGAUGCUGUGGCUUUAAUAGAUGCAAGAAUAUUGAGUCCAAGAUACCGUGCAGAGAUAAUCAGAUGCAUACACAUUGGCUUAUUGUGUGUCCAAGAACUUCCAAAAGAUAGGCCAAAUAUGUCAGCCAUUCUAUCAAUGCUUAGCAGUGAAAUUGUCGAGCUUCCUGUGCCUAAGCAAACCGCAUUUGCUGAAAAGUGGAGUCGUUCUCAUACCGGUACGGGAUCUUCUCAGCAGAGCCAAAAGAGUAGUAGUUCCUUGAAUACUGUCACUCUUACAGCUAUUGACGCAAGAUGA